AGUCAGGUGAUCUUUUCCACUUCGCCAUUUUGUGCUGCUGCUACGCCGGGUAUUUAUCUGAAGAUUCGUGACUAGUCCAUUUACAUUGCUACUUAGCUAGGUGUUAUUGUACCUUUCCCAGUUUACAGCUAAAGACCGUUGCCUUCGAUAGGUUUAGUACCUAAAACCAUUGGGAAACAUAGUAAUAGCCGUUUUGUAUUAUUUAGUUUACUGUGUGAGAAAGAAUGUCGUCCGAAAGCCCCGAAUACUCUCCGUUCUUCGCAGUGAUGGGUGCCUCUGCGGCUAUGGUUUUCAGCGCCUUAGGAGCAGCCUAUGGGACGGCUAAGAGUGGCACAGGGAUCGCUGCCAUGUCGGUGAUGAGGCCGGAGCUCAUCAUGAAGUCGAUCAUCCCCGUGGUCAUGGCGGGUAUCAUAGCCAUCUACGGCCUGGUAGUAGCGGUGCUCAUUGCCAACAACAUCUCCGAGAAGGUCACCCUCUACAAGAGUUUCCUCCACCUGGGUGCUGGCCUGAGUGUGGGAUUGAGCGGGCUGGCAGCUGGCUUUGCCAUCGGCAUCGUAGGUGACGCGGGCGUGAGGGGCACGGCCCAGCAGCCCCGGCUUUUUGUGGGCAUGAUCCUCAUCUUGAUCUUCGCCGAGGUCCUCGGACUCUACGGUCUCAUUGUGGCCCUCAUCCUGUCCACGAAAUAAACCACCAACUUCUCCACCAAAAUAUGUCCUAUAUGUUGCUGCUGGAGAAAAGAGUAAAACCAGAAAUAAAAUGUAAAGGAAAAAAAAAAAAAGGAAAAUGUAUGACAAAGUUUAAAAAAAGAGACGAACGUGGAAAAUAAUUACAUAAUUAAAAAUGGCUCCGUAAAUAUGGUCUUAUCUCUACAAUGUGUACAGUCCAGAUUUGAUAGUCAAACUUCUUGUAAAUGCGCAAUGUAGUGAUUUUGUCUGUCGUGUGUGUAAAUGUAUGGAGAUUCUUCCUCCCCCCCUGGUUUAACGACAUUCAGGUGCGCCAGGUUUCUUGCUGGUUUCUGCCUCGUCUUAGAUCCUCACCAAAGGGCCCCACUGCAUUUUUAUUCUCCACAUUCAGUUGGGAGUUCACAUGAUUUCUGUGUUGUCUAUGGGGAUCUAUUUGUAAAGAGAAUUGUAUGGACUUAGCUUUGUUUUUUGUUUUUCCACUGGUUUUAUUUAUAAAGAAUUGUUCAAUGAAUCUGUUUUUAAAUGGAGCAAAAAUGUUAAAUUCCCUAGAAGAGAUAUGUAUAUAUAUAUAUAUAUAUACAUAUACAAAUAUCUAUAGAUUUAAUGCACUGUGGGUUAAUUGUGAUAAGUGGUUGGAAUUCCUCUGGAUGUAUUAACGUACUUGGUUUAAAAUUAAGAUUGCCUUUAGUGUGUGACUGGUGGGGUGGGAGUUGUGUAGUUUAAUCAUUACAAACAUUCUUGAAACACUUCAAUGUUUUCCUGUAGUACUGCUGUUUUGAUUGCAUUAAAGGUGUGUGUGUGCCCCGUGUUGGGUCUCACAAGUGUAAUUUCCAAAUCUGUCAUCUCCAGCUUCUUCAUCCACCUCAUCUGUAGGUAGAUGUAUGCAUUCUCACCACAACUCUCCCAUUAAACGUGCAUGGAGCUAUG